CCUUAGGAAAGCUUGUAAUUCUCUGGCCUCAACAAACGUACACGUUCCGACUUCACUGCUAUUGGAAGAAUCUGAAAGUUAUCUUCAGAGUUGUUCCUUUCUGAAAAACGAACACAGUCAUUUGCUUCUAGAUUUCAACAACUCGACUCAACGACAAAUUCAAUCAAAACUCGAUGCUGAUUUAUUCAAUUGUUUAUUGAACAAUGCCAGCUUGAGAGACAGAGCUCGUUUAAAUUCCAUCAGUACACCCCAUGCGGGAGCGUGGUUGAGGGCAAUACCAAACCCUAAUCUCGGCCUUUCCAUGCUUUCUCAUGAGUUUGUCAUUUCUAUACGGCUCUGGUUAGGGAUUAAGAUGUUUCCCUCUCCUCCAACUUCGAUCCUGUGCACUUGUCGUCAACACAUCGAUCCUUUUGGAGAUCACCUCAUCAGCUGUGGUACAGGUCCAGAACGCACCAGAAGACACAACGCAUUGGCAGAAGUUAUUUUCCAGGCGUUAUUAGUUGAGAAUAAAGACGUGGUAAAGGAAGUGAGAUGCAGUGGUAGUGACGAAAGUCGUCCAGGUGAUGUUUUUCAUCCUGACUUUUUAGAGGGCAAACCAGCUUAUUUCGACAUAACAGUCAGAAACUCAUUGCAGCCAUUGUACGUGACAAAAGCAGCAGUAAGGGCUGGGGCAGCAGCUGAAGCAGGUGAAGAACAGAAGGACACACGUCACGAAGCAAACGUUCUGGCAACAGGUGGUCUUUUUUACCCCUUGGUAUUGGAAACAUUGGGUUUCUGGUCUCCGUUCAGCAUUAAAACGUUAAAAGCUAUUGCAUCUAAAACUUCAGCUGUCAGCGGAAUUCGAUUCCAUCAAGCUUUCCAGAAUUUGACGCAACAACUUUCGGUACAGUUGUGGAAAUACAAUGCAAGGAUGUUGUUCAGAAGAAUUCAACUUGAAGUACAGGACAUUGAUAGUUGGGAUAUACCCACCGUAGCGUAGUGUAGAAUUUGGUAGUUAGUUCUGUUUAAAUGUAAAAGUAAAAAUAAAAAAAAAAAUUUAUUAUAAAAAAAAAAAAAAAAAAAUAUAUAUAUAUAUAUAUAUAUAUGUAAGUAGGUUCAAGUUUAAUUUUAUGCUUACUGCAUACUUGUGAAAUAUUUUUUAUUUUACAGUGGCAGAUCCAGGCAGAGGACCAAGGGGUCCGGGCCUCCUCUUUCAUUCUCUGUAGUAAUAUACGAUUUA